AUGCCUAACCUACCUGCUGUCAACAAUAUCCAGGAAAGUAAACAGAAGCCGUCGGAAAUCGGUGAUUUCCCUAGUUUUCAGGUGCAUGAAAGGGCUGUGUCGUGUCCUAACUUGGUCUUGCUGGAAAAUUCUUCAGUUGAAGCACUACUAGAGACCGAGUGCAAGUCAACUCCCAAUAUAAUACUGCCGGCUGUCAACGAUAUCCGGGAAAAUGGACAGAAACCUUUGGAAAACUUCGAUUUCCAUAGUCUGCCGGUGCACUGCAAGAGAUCUGUGUCAUUGCCCAAUAUGGCCUUGGGUGCAAAUUGCAGUGGCGAUGCACCCGAAAUUGGAUGGCCGUUAGUUAAGUCCGCGGAGUUGCCUGCAGUUACUAUCGAUUCACCGUGUACCGAAACGUCUAUUGCUACGUUGAUGACACCUGCAGCAGCCCCUGUAGAAGAUAGCGGGAUUGAGACGUCGUCAUCCGUAGUCUCGUCGUCUUUGCUACGGUUACAAAAGGUAGAAGCCGACUUGCGGCUUAUGGUAACGGAUACGGACCCAGCGGUAACCGCGGACACGCCUAAACGUCCACGCUGGUCACUGUGGAACCGGACCAAGAAAUUUGUGAGGACUAAUGUUCUUGUUGUGGUGCGAUUGACACCGCAGAUGUAUAGAUGA